AUGUUUUUAAAACAAAUCGACCUUACCACUGCCCUCAGGCCUUCCUAUCUUCCCGACGAAGUGCUUCUCUUUGUCCAGGACAACGUGGGGCUCUAUGAGGGGAAAUACAAAUUACCGAACCAACAGAAUGGUCAAGUCUAUUUGACCUCGCAUCGAAUAUGCUACGUGGACAAACAAGAACCCAGAAAGUACUCUGUUGCUUUAGACUUGAAAGAUGUAGAGAGAUAUGAAUUCUAUGCGGGAUUUCUAAAAUCUUCCCCGAAGGUAACCCUUUUCCCUAAGCCAGCCAAACGAGGUUCUCUUCAGUCUAGAGCGGCCGUAGCUACGUCGACCGUCUCCCGUAGUAAUGGCGCUUCACCUCUACCAACGUCCGAGUCUACAUAUCGGUCCACCUCUACUAGUACACCACAGGCCAGUUCAGCAACAUGGAUUUGUACGAUAUGUAGCUUUCCAAAUCCCGUUCCAUCUAAUUUCGACCCGACAACGGCGAAUGCUCAUACACCGUUACCAUCAUGUCUAGCGUGUGGUAUCAAACCAGCAUUAACUCAUAUGCUUAAAGCUGCUAUAUCAAAUGUUACUAGUAGACAAGUGACUUCUUCCGGCUCCACUUCACAGUCGCCAUUUACACUGCCUUCUCGACCGCAAAGUCUGGGUCUAGCCAACGAUCAAUCUCGGGGCCCGGAAGCAAAUCGUUUAUCACGGGGCACUGCAGCUGGUUCGACGAACUCGGAUGGCUUUGAAUGCCCCCGCUGCACCUUUUUGAACCACCCCUCUCUCUUAACUUGUGAGAUAUGUGGCGCCCCCCUCAUUUCUCACGAUGUUCCUAUGGGAGUGGCGCAUAGCCAACCUAGGACAGACUCGCCGGGACCUAUGCUUAAUUUAUCUAGUGCUACCGGCUUAGAGAACCCGGAGAGUGUCAAGCUGUCUUUCCGAAAUGGAGGAGAGAAGAUAUUCUACGAGCGACUUAAGAGCUCUAUGACCCAGCGUAAAUGGCUCUUACAAGAAGCGCCCCCUAUUCCGAACGGGGGUUCUACCGACGCCCGCACGGACUCAUCGUCGACAUCAAGGCCUGGCGCUAGCCGGAACAAAACCGCGGGCAUAGCCGGGUUAGAGAAGAUGGGAUUAGAUAGGCGGAAGAAUAAUGAGUUAGUCAUUGGGAGCGCCUUUGAGGAUCUUGAAGCCUUGAUGGCCUCUGCCAAGGAAAUCGUAGCGCUUGCGGAAUCAUUCGCCCGGCAGGUCAAUGGUGGCGCAGAAAAUGCGACAUCCGAAGCAAAUGCAUUACUUGCCGAGUCGGCUAGUCAGCUAGGACUCGUGACCACCAAAGACAUCGUAGGUGGCGGAAGUAGCUCAGGAUCGGAGUCGCUUUACUUGUCUGAACUAUCUCGUAACCUUGCAGAGUUCUUAGCAGACGAUGCCCGAGGAGUACUCAGGAAAGCCGGCGGCAUUAUUAGUCUGGUUGACUUAUGGGCCAUGUUCAAUCGCGCUCGUGGAGGUGUCGAACUUGUUAGUCCUAAUGACUUUGAAAAGGCGGCCCGUUUAUGGGGUAAAUUGAGACUACCAGUCCGGCUACGUACGUUUAAGAGUGGCGUGAUGGUAGUCCAGAGCCGCGACCGUACAGACGACACGACAGUUAAGACACUACUAACGUGGCUCCGGGACCUGCACGACAUACCACCAGAUAGAGAUGUCGCUUGGGAUUGGCAGGAGUUCGGUCGUGGCGUUACUGCGCAGGACGCUGCUGAGCGAUUCGGAUGGAGUAUUGGUGUCGCCGAAGAGGAGCUCGAGAUGGCCGAAGAGAGGGGUGUUCUCUGCCGCGAGGAAGGUAUUGAAGGGCUUAAGUUCUGGGAGAACUACAUCGAUACGGGAGAAUACCGCAACAAGCCACGAAAGACUCCAGACGCAGAAGAACAAAUCAUGGAGGCCCUUAGUGCGGCUGGUCUUCUAUAA